UUCUCCCACAUUCUUCCAUCGGAAAUGCCCGCUGACGCGAUUCCCUCGCCUGCAGUGGACCAGGACCAUAGCCGCUCAUCAUGCCCACCCGAAGAUUCGCAACCCCGUCCAGAGUAUGACUCGCAUCAAGAAAUGGACGGCGAAACAUCAAUGAACAUUCCCACACAGCAGCCCACACCUCCACCCUCUGAUCGCGAUUCCGUAGGGCGUGUGCGAUCGCCAUCCGAGUCGUGUGUCAAACCGUCGGACCCUCCGAUAGAGACACCAGCUAGAGACAUCCCCACACCAAUUAGUGCGACAGACGAUAUUUCUGAAGACCAUCGCAACAGCCAAUCUUCACCACUUUCUGGGGCUGCGCCAACGCCCAUCUCAUGGCCGCAGCAUCGUCACUUGAGUUUACCCUAUCCGAGCCACAGGUUUCUCCCAUCUUCAUCCUCCUCUCUCCUUCGACCCGGCAGCCGAUUCAAGGGUAACCAGACCUCCGACCGCCAACAAUACGAGGUGGAAGUGGAAAUCAAAUAUGUGGACAUGCGGGAGUCGCUAUUGUGCGGCUACCUGCGCAUCAAAGGACUCACUGAAGAUCAUCCGAGUCUGACCACGUAUUUCGAAGGCGAGAUAAUAGGCAGCAAGUACACUUUCAUCACACAACACCCAGAGUGGGGUUCGAACGAAAAGGUCGAUCGGCAGCACUGGGCAAGAUUCCCUGCGUACAAACCGCUCUCGAAAUACUCUUCAAGACCUGAGUUGGUAACUAAGGACUGGAUGCAAAAAGAACAUCUUUUUAUGCGUUGGAAAGAAUACUUCUUGGUGCCGGAUCAUCGUGUCAAGACGAUCAAUGGAGCUAGUUUCGAAGGGUUUUACUACAUCUGCUUUAACCAGACCACAGGUGGCAUUGAAGGCAUCUACUUCCAUGCUAAGAGCGAGAAGUAUCAAAAACUUCAGUUGGAUCACGUUCCAGACCAUGGGUGCCAAGGCGCAAUUGAAUUCAGGUAG